AUAUAUAAAUGUAUUUUCUCCAACUCCAGCUUCAUAAAAUUUGACUCAACUCUUUUAAAAGAUCUUUUAUUCGUGUCAGAGUUUUUCUUACACUGUACGACAGCAUCAUGCACAAAGUCCUCGUGAUUGCUGUUCUAUUUUGCUGCAUCUUUGAUAGAAGCGAUUCAUUUCUGGGAAAUCUUAAAAAACACAUCGAAAAAGUCACCAAACUGAAGUUUAAAUUACCAGAUGACUUUAGAAAUAUUCUCCAAAAAUCUUUGAAAAUGAAAAUCGAAACAGACACUUCUAACAGUGUGAAGAAUGAAAAAGUAAAAAUAGAUAAUGAUACAGCAAAAACAAAGCCAGGGGCCUCUGAUAGUGUGAAGAAUGCUACAGCGAAUGCUACAGCGAAAACAGAACCAGGGACCUCUGACAGGGUGGAGACUGGCACGGAGAAGACAGGACCGUCAAAGAGCGUGCAGGUGGUUAAAACGGAACAACAACCAAUGAAGAAUGAUACAGCAAAAACAAAACCAGCGACUUCUAACAGUGUGAAUAUUGCCAAAGUGAAAACAAAUUCUAAAUCUCGGGAUAAAACAAUCGCUAUAGGUAAAACGAUUAAAAAACAUGUUCUCAAGCCGGUUUUGGGCUGUGCGUCAAUAGACACGUGUUUAGGAUAGGUCAGUAACGUUUCCUCCAUUACAAGUAUUUAUUAUUUAUUAAUUAUUUCUAGUCCCACAGACUUGCUGCUUUGUUUCAUACUUAUAUGUGUUUUGUAAGUCUUAUUUUACAUUAAGCUGUUC